UCCUGCUUGUGAUGAAGAUUUUGAAAAGUAUGUUGACCAACCCCUUGUAAUGGUACAAGAAACUGUUGAUUUUUUCAGAUCAACUGUUGAACCUUACUUUGAAAAUUUAUCAAGAAGACAGAAUUACAAUAACAUGGUCAGCAGUCCUGAUUUCAAAGAGAAAAUUUUGUAUACAGACUCAGAUGCAGAAGUUGGUUUUAUACUUUUUGAAGAGAAGGUGGAAAAUUGUUCCUGUUCUACAAAGCAUAUAAAGGCUGUGUCAGUCUUAAAGAAAAAAGAAGUUUUAAGCCUAAGAGAUCUUUCCCAUGAUGAUAUCCCUUUACUUCAAAACAUGCAAGAAAAAUGUUUGGCAGAACUUGCCAAGAUAUAUAGCAUUUCACCUUCAAAGUUAGAGAGCUACGUGCUGUACCCACCUUCACAUUUUCCAUUCCAUGUUGUUUUUGAGACUAUGGAUAAAGAUUCUCCCAUUCCUGUUGAAAAGGCUCACCAUGUUGAUACCAUUAUCACAAAUCUUAAUUUGAUACCAGAUUAUUAUCAAAAAGUGUCAUUGAAUUAUUCUUUGUUUGAAAAUGACUCAUUAUACAAGAAAUAUACCUGCCCAGAUGAUGGCGACAGUUGAACAUAAUUUUCACAACUAAAAAGAGCCGAGUGAUAGAUCCAUUUAAUCAGAUCAAUUUGAAUGGUGAUUGUAAAAAACCAUCCAAAUUGCAUAUGUUUUACAUUUGUUAUGAAGCAUUUCUAACUCAUUGAGUAUUUCAUUAUUUAUUUUACUUUCUGUGGUGUAUUGAUUUUUUUUAAGCAGCUACAUAUAAGACUGAGAAGCAAAGGGAUGUAAGUGCCAAAAUUAAAAAUUUAGAGAUAAUCAGUACAAGUGGUAGAUUAACCUCUUCUCUGUUAUAGGGCAAGAGAUGGUACUAAUAGCUCAUGUUAGGUGCUGCUAGCAUGAUUUGUAAAAAAAAAAAAAAAUCAAUGAAA